CCAAAAUACCGUUUAAGAGAAGAAAAGAGAAGACAACUCUUUCUAUUUUCCGCCAUUGAAAUUGAAUUGAAAGAAGCAUUAUUAAUAUUAUAUGGAUCUGUAGAAGAAGAGGAAGAAGAAGAAGAAGAAGAGCUCGCCCAAAAUGCUACAAUGGCUGACUCAGAUGCGAACUGCAUUUGGGGCUUCCUUUCUUUGGCUCGUCUGCUUGAUCUACUUUACGCAGGGGUUUAGAUCGUUUGUAUGGACAGCAGUUUCUUACCAACUAAAAGAUGGGCUUAAGUUAACACCUUCAGUUUCUCAAUUUGUUUUUUCAGUAGCAUUUUUUCCAUGGAGCAUUAAACCAUUAUACGGAAUAAUCUCAGAUUGUAUACCAAUUAAAGGAAGAAAAAGGGUUCCAUAUUUAAUUAUAUCAACUGUCUUCUCUCUCGUACCAUGGCUUGUACUAGGGCUUAAUGAAAGCGUUAGAAGUUCCAGCUGGCACCUCACAUCUCUCUUAACAGUGCAAAACUUUGGCUCGGCCAUGGCUGAUGUAGUUAUUGAUGCAAUGAUUGCCGAGGCAGUAAGAUUCGAGAGGGCUUCAUUUGCUGGAGAUCUACAGUCAAUGUCUUGGUUGGCAAUGGCUUUUGGUGGUAUAUGUGGGAGUUUGUCAGGAGGAUAUGCAUUAACUAACUUCAAGAUUGAUACAAUAUUUCUUCUGUUUGCUAUAUUACCAUCCCUGCAGCUGUUAUCAUGUGGCUUGGUUAAGGAGAAUUCUGUAAGCAGUAAAGUUCUUGACUCAUCUACCUUGGAAAACUCCAGCAAGGCAAACGGGAAUAGUAGCUCUAUGGACGGAGAUGAUUUCUUGGACAAGAAAUCCAGCAGCAGUACUUUCAGAAGAAAAAAGAGUCAAAAGGACAAUAAAGCAGUAGCAGCAGUUAUCUCUACUGAACUCGAGAAUGUUGUAAAGGUUGAUUCCUUAGUAUCGUCGUGGUUCCACUCGCUAAAAUCUGCAGCUUAUAGCUUGUGUUGUGCUUUUGGAAAACCAAUCAUUUUCAGACCAAUGGCUUGGUUUUUUCUGGCACAUGUAGCAGUCCCGAAUCUCUCAACAGUCAUGUUCUAUUAUCAGACUGAGUUCUUGAACUUGGAUGCAUCGUUCUUGGGGACUGCACGAGUUCUUGGAUGGUUGGGUCUAAUGAUAGGAACAUUUGCUUAUAAUCAGUACUUAAAGACCAUGAAGUUAAGAAGAAUCCUCAUGUGGGCUCAUAUUGGUUUGACUGUAUUGGGUCUGCUCGAUGUUGUUUUAGUGUCUCGGUUAAAUUUGGUCUUUGGAAUAUCGGAUAGGAUAAUGGUGCUUUGUGGAUCUGCUCUAACUGAUGCAGUCAAUCAAUUUAAGUUUAUGCCGUUUCUGAUCUUAUCGGGGCAGCUGUGCCCACCUGGAAUUGAAGGAACCUUAUUUGCUCUAUUCAUGUCAAUAAACAACUUAGGAUCGACAUUGGGGUCGUUCAUGGGAGCAAGUUUGGCUUCGAUUUUGAACAUAUCAUCGGGUUCUUUUGACAACCUCCUUUUGGGGAUGGUCAUUCAAGUGUUGUGCACUCUCAUUCCGAUUGUGUUUUUGUUUUUGAUACCAAUGGAAGCUACAGGAGUGUCAGCAUAAAAUGGAUUUAAAGUAAACUCAGUACAAUACAAACAUAUUACAAAUGCAUUGAUUCAUUGUAGGAAGUUGAUUAAUAUAGUUAUCAACUCUUAAAUCAUGAGCUAGGCCUAGGAGGAGGGCUUGAUAUAAUAUAAAUGUAAUUCCAAGCUUUGUAGAAGAAUUUUGGUUUGUGGAUGUAAUCUUUUUGGUAUUAUUAAGUUACCAGAACAUAAUAACCAAUUACAGUAGUAUUUCUUUGUUGA